AUGAGGCCCUCUUCUACCAUGACGCUUCUUGCCGCGGCCUCGGGAGCUUUCCUGGCAAGCAUCCCGGCUGUCGAUGGCGUUAAGGCUAUCUUCGAUUUGCGAACCGGGGAAGACUACGAGAGCGACAACAACUGCGUGGACUCCGAGGCUAGGAAAGUGCGCUAUCUGCAGAUCGAGGGGUUCGACUACAACUCGUCGCCCUGGAUGCAAAUGACGUGGAGCAACCUGCACCCCUCCGGCAUCACGUACGAGGGGUGCUACAGCGCGGGGAUAUUCGGCACCGCCGACGGGCCCACAGGUAGCGCCAACGAUGCCGACCCGGCCGAGAACUACCGUAUGUUCGACGGCAUCGAUGACGACGGGGUGAACGCCGACAAGGUCAUGACGCUGGAGAAAUGCGCGGCCACCUGCACAGCUCAAGGAACGCGGUACUUCGGUCUCGAGUCCGCGGUCAAGUGCCUGUGCGGUGAUGAGCUUGCGGGCAGCCCUACCGACGAUGUCUACGGCGAAGGGGGCUCCGUGUGCGGCAUCGACAUCACGUUCGGCGGCGACGUCCCCGAGUACAAGUACCUGUGCUCCGGCGACUCCCGCGUGCUGUGCGGCACCGACGACCACAUCUCGGUGUACUCCCUCGACGGCAGCACCGGUGGCGGCGACGACGACUCCGGCGACCCUCCCGUUGGCUCCGAGUUCAUCGGAUGCGUUGCUGACAGCCAAGACGAUAGGGUGAUGUCUGUGGGACCGAUCGCGGAGGACACCAUGUCCGCGGAGAUGAAGAAGGACCUAAAACGCAACAGUCGUCUGUCCGGCUAG